AAAAUUUUGAAAAAUUACAUGAAUCAAGUCCAGAAAUAAAUGAAAUGAAAGAACUUGAAGAACAUUUACGAGCUGUGACAGAACAAGUUAAAAUUCGUCGAAAAUUACUUAGAGAUUUUUCUGAAAAACAUGAUUCCACCUCUCAUGCUGAUUUGAUUAUGCUUCAAGAAGAAAUAGAACAAAUGAAUAAAGCUAUUACAAAAAAACGUCAUAUUGAAAUUAAACUUGAAGAUGAACUUCAACAAUAUCAUAUCAAAAUUGAUCGUGCUGAUCAAAUUAUCAAACGUUUUCAACAAAUCAUUCGACAACAACGAAGUAUUCAAGAUAUUAUACAAGAUGAACUUGAUAUUGAUGUACGUUUACAAUAUGAAACUAAUAAAAAAAUCGAACAACAACUCGUAUCUCUAUGCUUAGCCAUAGGAGAUGAUGACAAUGUCAUUGACAUAGUUGAACAAUUAUCAGUCGAUCAAUCAUUUAAAAUUAUAAUCAAACCAUCAAUCACUCAGUUAAAUAAACAACAAUAUAAACUUGAAAAACAAUCCACAUCAUCAUCAUCAUCAUCAUCAUCAUCAUCAUCAUUAUCUAAUAUGAAUAUCAUUCCAAAUAUUGUAAAUAUUUCUAUUGAUAGUAGUUCAAGAUCAACAACAAGUGAAUCAAAACGUUCAUCGAAAAAGAGUACAUGA